AUGGACUCCACUAGCGGAGACAACGUCAUAAGCAUAAAUGUCGGAGGGACGAUUUACAUGACGACCCUCAACUUGAUUUGCAAAUACAGGAAUUCUCGUCUAUGUGAAAUUGUUUUAGAAAAACUGAAGGCCUUGCCGGACUUCGACACCAACCAGAACAGGAAGGAAAUAUUCAUCGACCGAAAUGGAAGCAGGUUCGAGUACAUUUUGGACUUCCUGCGAGACGGAGUUCUGAUAUGCGAAAAUGACAUCAACGUGUUGACGAGGAUACUAAUCGAAGCUGUGUACUUCAAAUUGUCUUCCCUCAUAAAAAUUUUAAAGAAAAAAAUCGAAUUAUUGUAUUCAAACAUGGGAAAUAAUGUAAACAAGAAUAUUUUUAAAAACAUCAUUGGCACACUUGAAGAAAAAAAAAAUAAUAAAAUAAAAAGCAAAGCAAAAAAUAAUAGCAUAUCUAGAAUGCUAAACAAAAUUUCUGCUCAAAUUAAAAAACACAACGAAAUGAAAUGUUGCACUGUUAAAAAAAAAAAAAAAAAAAUUCACAACGUCCAUUUUUUGAACAAGAUAAAUUUAUUAACCGAAUUGAAUGACGAAGAUAAGUCUCCCACGAAGGAGUGCACACUAUUGUCUACUGUUCCAGUGGACAACUGCAAAGAAGAAAAACAAUAUGUGUCUACAAAGCACCAGGGGGAGAAAGUAAAAAAUGACGAACAGCUUGAAGGUAAUAAUGUAGACGAAUUGAACUUGGGGUAUAAUAUACCAAAAAUUAUUCUGCCCAAUUCGUGUCCUCCAGGAACACAAACCAAAAUGGUUGACUACAAUAUAACAAAUAAUUUCAUAAAUGAGGAAGACAAAUUGAAGAGUAAAAAUAAUGCCAAUGGUUCCACUAGGAUAAAUUGCUUACUUAAAAAUAUCGAACGGAAGGAAUACUCCCCCAUCCAUCUGUCACCCAAUUGGCAUUUAAAAAAUCGAGACAGCAAAAAGCUUUCCUUCGCAGAGAGCACCAAUGAGACAGCCCAGAACGGGACCAACGACACCGUAGGCACCUCCACGGAGAGCCUAAGCAAAAGCUUGUCUCCGAGCAGCAUUGGAGGUGCGAACUAUUCAGGCUACUCCAGAGUGGCGAAUUACGCUAACAGUAGCAGGGAUGUGGAUAAGGCAUGCUACAAAUAUAAUAAUUAUACAUAUAACAAUUCGAACAACCCUAGUGGGAAAAUUUUAGUUUACUCCGAAAUUGACGACAUUGAAGAAACGUCCCCCUUCCCAAUAUUGUCCAAUGUCAAUUUGGGGGAGCAGAUAUUCAGCACGACGGUGGAUUUUUAG